AUGACCGCUCUGUCGUUUGCAAUCACACUCUAUGUUACCUGGAACGUGGAUCGUUCUGGUACGAGGAACGAGAAUGGAAACGCAAUACGCCACAUGCUUAAAUUGUGGUACGAUAGAGUCAACCGCAAAAGAAAAGAAAAGCAAAGCAAAGAAAAGGAGACCCCAUUACGUGGAAUGGUGAAUGGGGCUGGCACUACCCCAUUUGAGAGGGCAUUACAACAAUGCGGUUUUGGAACAAAGGUUUUAGAUAGACUUGAGCUUUCUCUACUCAUUGAUCAAUGCAACCAAUUUGAACAUCGUGGAGCUGGGUCGAAACUGAUUCGGAGAGGUAAAAUUCCUGCUAAUAUUGGGAAGUUUCAGGAGGUGCACUUUCUGGGGAAUGACUUCGGUGUCUCCACCCAUUUUGGAGACAUCUCUCUCACAAGACCAGUUACGGCUGUGGAGGUCCAUGAUGCUCUUAUAUAUGGGAAUGCAUCCAUCCAAAGCACCGGGAAUAGACGGGUGGCGCAGUUGAUUCGAGGGAACUCGAGCUUAUUCCAGAAGUUGUUCAAAGGGAAGUACUUUCCAAAUUCUUCCUUUUGGGAUGCGCCGUGCCCAGGGACAGUGUCGUGGGCUUGGCGUAAAAUUACGUCGGCAGAGCAGUACUUAAAGAGGGUGGCGUUGGCGCGUUGGAAAUGCCGCCACUGGACUGACCCGUGGCUGCCUCACACACUUUCCUUUACCGUGCUUAGAAGACCACAGGUAUCUAAUCGGGCGGAUUACCAGGUUGAACGAGUGACAGAUCUUAUUGACUGGGCUUCACAUUCCUGGAAAGAGGAUUUAGUGAAGGAAAUAUUUGGGGCUAUUGAUACGGAGGCUAUUCUAUCCAUUCCUAUUAGUUAUCACGGGGUACCGGACAAAGGCAUUUGGCACCACACGAGUGAUGGUAUUUUUACAGUUCGCUCUGCAUACCAUGCGGGUACGUCACUGAAUCUGGCUGGUCGGACAAAGGAGAAGGGUGAAUCUAGUUCGGGUAGUACACGCAAUUUGGGCUGGAAAAUUUCGGCUUCUAAUAAAGUUGAGUUUUUCAUCUGGCGUUGCUUGCAUAAUGCUAUUGCAACUAGUAAUAAUUUACAUCACAGGCAAAUGGAUGUUAAUCCCUACUGUCCAGUGUGCCAUAAGGAACGUGAAACAACUGAACAUUUGCUAUUUGGAUGUAAGGGAUCAAAGGAAGUUUGGUGCCUAGCUGGCCGCUUUUUCCAGCCCUCAUGUGACUGGAAAUCGAUGGAUUUUCCUUCGUGGUGGACAUCAUUAUCACAGGGACAACAAAUUGCAGUUCAAAUCUUGAUAUUUGAAAAGGCCCAUGCCGCUUGGGAGGAAUACCUUUCGGUUCUUGAAAGAAAAAGGGGUGAGCUUCACGUUGCCCAGCCCAAUCAAGCUCAAAAAUGGGAGCCUCCACCCACUGGUGUUACCAAACUUAAUGUGGAUGGUGCUAUGAAUAAAGACAGUGGCUUAUGUGAAAUGGGUAUGGUUGCUCGUAAAUCGGAAGGGAUAAUUGUUGGUGCUGCUUCUCAGUCUAUGUAUGGACAAUUUCCCCCGCGAGUUAUCGAAACCAUGGGAUUUAGAUUUGCAUUAACAGAGGCCUUGAAUCAUAACCUCACACGGAUUGAAGUAGAAGGGGAUGCCAAACAUGUGGUUCAAGCUAUCAAGGGUGAGAAGGCUUUUGCAGAUUGUGAUUCUAUUAUUUUGGAUUGUAUUAAGCUUGCUUCCCAAUUUACUAUAUGUGUUUUUUCACCUGUGAAGCAUGGUUAUAAUAGGGUCGCCGAUUCUACGGCGAAGCAUUUUCUACUUAGAGCUGAUACAGAAAGUUGGAGGGAGGAUGUUCCAUCUUGGCUUGUAAGGACUAUCGGGUCAUUGGCCCCCUUUGACUUUUAG